UUGUCUGGAUUCAAGCCAGGCUCUCGUUCUUUUUUUUCUCUCUCACUCUCUUAAACCAGCAGCUGCGACCUCUGUUGCUCCUCCCAAGACUCGAGAUUUCUCAACAUCCCACCAUCGCCACGUGGAUUGCUCUCGAGCCACCUUUGGGUCUUAACACAUACAGUCGUCUUUUUUUUUUUUUCACGCCCAGUCUCUUUCACGAGAUUUCUAUUUUAACAAGGCUGGAAAUUCUUUUGAUUGUUAAAGAAAUAUCUCUGCAGAUUCCAGGCCACUUCUUCUUGCCUGUCGCUGGCUGCUCGUGGCGGGCCGCAACCUCCAACAGAGUUCGUCAACAUGGGUGCCUUCUUCACUGGGUGGGAGUUGUGGGAAGAAAUGAGCUUUGUCUUGGCAUGCGCCAUCGUGUUAGUCUUCGCCUUUGGGCUGGUACGGCUGUGGUGGACGAACCGCAAAAUUGCAAGGCUCGAAUUGGUUGACGAAGAACGGCGCGUACGAUUGGCCGAGAUGCGGUAUUGCGGUAUCAACGCUCGCGGCAUCACCGAUAUCCCCUUUGGGGUGCGCGCAAUACAAAGUGGCAUUGAAGUGGAAGGCAUCUGGAUAUCAAGGCCCAACACACCUGGCUCCAGCCAUGCCGCCUCUUCUCCCACCCUUGUUGGCGACCCUACCGGCCUAAAGGCAAAGUUGAAGGAAAAGGGCAAAGGAAAGGCUCGUUACAUGUCGGUGGACGUUGCCGAGACGGCUUCAUCGUCGUCACCUCCGCAGACGACACCUACAUCGGGCUCUUCGACACCCCAGCGAGCUGACGAUGCCGAUGUGAAUGAUGCACGACAGCCUCGGGUCCAGCAGCCGAUGGAUUAUUCCAAUACACCCAAGGGGUCACUCGAUGCUCAGCGACGAAGCAUUGCUCGCCAAAUGGCUCCUCGCAGCUCCUCUACCAACCGCAACAGCAUGGCCUCGUCAUCCAUGGGCGACUUUGUGGCUCCCCAUUCGAGGAACUCUUAUGCUAGCUCGAAGCCAAUCCUUCAGGGAUCCACCGAAUACUACUCUGACAUCUCCAGAACCGGGACAAACGAAUUCUACGAUGCCCCUCCGUCUGCAGUUUGGGACCACGGAUACAGCAGCUCUGAUGCAGAGAGCGCAGAGGUGGCCGGCCAACGACCACAGCCAGGCCCUUCCAGGCUACAGAAGAAAUCGCAGUUCUAUAAGCCAAUACGCAAUUAAUGAUGCAAGAAAUGGGGGGGGGAGGGGGAAGAAUACUGAAGGCCCCCUGGCGGGGCCAUGAUUUUCACGUGGUUAUAAUGACUUGAUGUCUAUUUUUCACGCCGUUCAUGAGUUAUGUUUUAUAAGAAAGAAAGAAAUCGAGGACUUAGAUUUUUGCCAUGCGGGCCAUUUGCAAAUACUAGCUAAAUUAUCAAACAAAGAAACAUUGAACACC